GCAUGAUACCGUCACGAGGAACAUCCGCUGCCGCAUUUUUUCUUUCAGACACCCGAUUAUUCUAAGCGGGAAAGCAGGAACCGAAGAACCGUGCUGUUCGUUCGCGAGUGGAGAUCAUCGAGCUGUCAGGAUGGGUGGAAACGUGGUUUCAUAGGCACAGCAAGGCUCCGUGCUUCAGCACUUCUAUUUGGAUGCGUGCCGCAUCAUCGCCCAGUGUUGCUCACCAGAACCAUCACUGAUACUACUCGCGGCUCCGGGAUUGGUUAAAAACUAAGUUGCAGGUGAUCACUGCAUGGCAGAAAACAUGUGUGUAAAAUGGCCAUCUGUUCAUUCCUUUCGCCGAAUCGUGCUGAGUACUGACCUUUUUACACCGGCAUGGAACAGAAAGCUGGGGGCGACAAGCAGAUACGACUGAAACGUAAACUUCUGUCCCGCCUUGCAGCCGUACUUCCAGCGUCAACAGAUGAAACGGCGUUAUCGCGGCGCAAUGAGCUGUUGUCUAAUUUAUUUAAGGAACUGAAACCUCAUUUUGCCUCUUUGAUGGCUGCUUCCACUGCUUCAACAACUGUUCCGUCCCUCUCGCAAGCAAUGCCAAGUACGUUGCAAUCGGAACCCACCGUACGGCCAUCUGAUCAACAGUCAGCCCGACGACCACAAUGUGCAGCGCUUCCGGGCUGGGGAUUCAUGAAAACUACGCAAUCGGAUCAUCGCAAGGCCUCCCCGAAGAGGUCGCUCCGGAUGAACUUUCCGCAGGAAUCAUGCUCUUGUCCUCCAAUAUCUCACAAGGGGUUAUCCGAAGCUUCGUACUGUGUGAUUCCGAGCAUCCGAGUUUGCAAUCAGGGAACGUUUUUAGUACCGUCCGACGUGGCUUUCGAGUGCGCGGAUGGCAGUGUUUGGAGUCGAGCGCAGCGCAUACUUCGAUGGCAGCGUCAGGAAAGAUUUGCCUCUCGCCUACCGACGCAGUCGAAACGCGAAUUGUGCGGAAUACGCCGAGUAGUAUAUCCCAAUCAGUUAUGUCGACUAAUGAAAGUGUCCUUCCGCCGAACUCCCACGACUGAAAAGCGUGAUGCGGGCAGCGAGAGGCAAGGACCAGCGCCCGAAAUUGAAUGGGGAAUGCAUAACGGGCAUCUCAGUGGUAACAAGUUGUCGCUGGGAGUUCCACAAGCAACCUGUGAAAUGCUGGAUGAGAGGACAUACGAGCUGCUGGAAAACAGGUGGGAUACCGCACAAGAAGUGCUACCUGAACUUAUGUGCCACUCCAUUAAGAUGACAUCGGGAACUUCUGUCAUGCCAUACCAGCCCGUCUACGUGCCAGAACAAGGAACCAAGUCAUUCGAACCCGAGUCGUCGCUUCAGCCCACAGAAAACUGUGUUGAAAAAUGCGCAGACCCCUCUCCGAAUCCACAGCCUCUCGGUGACUACAAUCCCACUUCGAAAACAUCGUUCUCUAGGGAAGUUCCAAGCUUUGAAAGGUAUAGCGGACAUGACUUCUGCUUUCCCAGCACACCUUCAUUAAUGAAUGGAACAGAUUCUGUGGAAGAACCGAAUGCAGAAAAAUCUGGAUGGGUAACCUCAUGGUUACCUCCGCCUAUGGUAACGCAAGCAGAUAAUCAUGCUGUUCAUCGCUCCUUGCGAAUCGGCGAACAAAAUGUGCAUUACGCAAAGCCACCGAAAAGAGAAGUAAUGCAUCUCUACCAAAAUGUUGCAGACGAUAACAAAUUAUUUCGUGGAACCUCACCAUUGACAUAUUUUAUAGAUUGUUCGGCAGUUACUGAGUUCGUAGAAUGGGCGAAAAUGUCAAAGAAUACAGAAAGAUCGCAGCAGGAUGUCAGCAUCGCAGUCGACAAUAAUGGAUUCUUCCAGGACAAGGCAGCAUCAAAAGGGAUUGUCGUGAGCGAGAACGCUGUGGCGCCAAUCGCGCAAAAUAUGAAACUGAAGCUCGUGCCCCCGUCAUCGCAACAAAAACGCGAAGGCCAUUCAUCCGUCAAGUCCACAAACCUUGGGGCAAAAACCGUGCACUCUCAUGAAAAGAAGGCGCCGAACAACAAAGCAGCACCGUCACAGGAACAGCGUUUGCCGAUUGAAGAUUCAUCAGCACAAAAUGAGUUAACGCCACCUGUGCGAGAAAAUGAACCAGAAAAUGAACCAGAAAACGACGUAGAGCUUUCGAAAGAAAAAUGUACACUGAUGGAAAGGUCACCAGCACAGAUAAAUCUAUGCAAAUCUAUAGAGAGACCAGUGAAAAUUAAGGCGUCCGGAAAGAAAGCAGCAAGAACUAAGAAAAAGCGCGCACCAAACAAGAUGUCAGCCCGAACAAGCCUUCCGCAUGUGACACAGAUGGCAUUCGAGAACGGAGAAAUGUUUUCAGAAACAGGGAACAUUUCAAAUUCUAUCGCAGCUGGUUGCGCUAAUGCACGGAUGACCUUGACGGUUGCCACGACGGCAACGGAACAGUCAUUCCCGGUACGUCUUUCGGAACUGAACCAAGUGGUGUGCUCAGACAGCACUGAGCUGAUACAAAAGGCGCAUGCUGCAGAAUGUUUGGAGGUGGGCAGAUGGCAGAAGGUUCUGCAUACGAAUGAAAAAUAUAUUGGCAAUGAUUUGAAGUCCGAGUGCGUGAUGAUGAAAUCUAGGCUAUCGACGGAAGUGGUUUUAUGGAGAUCAAAACCGGAACCUCAAGGCAAUGACUGUUUACCUGAUGGCACCGUAAAAGAAUGGUUCCCAUGUUCAACUUCACCGCACGAUCAGGAGCUCAGUGAAACGCAAGGGUAUCAUAAACCAAGGGAAAGAAAAGAGAUUGAAGAAAGUACUAUCGGUGGGACACUACCGAUUCAUGACCUUAAUAUCCCAGCUGUCAACCGAAAGCCCUCGAGAGCAGCUGAAAAGUGUCAACGUAAUAACCAAGACACCAGCCAAGCCAUAUGGCAAAGGGAAGGUUGGGUCGAUUUCCCAAACGACACACUGGAAGAAAAUUCCGAAAAAUCUUGUAGCCUGGAUGAACCCAACAACUGGCAGUGGGAUUUAGGGGAACAGGAGUUGGAACCUCGGGAGAUUCCUGUGCUAUUCCCAUCUUCAAACAGCGUGAGCGCGUCUUGGGAAGUCCGUUGUCGGCAUUGUUCUAUUCUCCAAGCGCAAGCCUGCAAUCAUCAAUGCAAUGCCAAUCUGUGUAAAUCUGACUAUCGUAGCAGUCCACCCUGGGCACCAUAUUCUGAUAGACAUGCCACUACUAGCAAGUCUUACGGUAGCCAAGACCACUUGAGCCAGCCUUCUACUGAGGGCACAUUAUGGAAUAUGGAACGCUCCCAGCAAUCAUCUCCGAAUUGUCAAUCCCUUUUCUCUUAUUCAGACCGACUUUCGUUUUUGGGGCCUGAGAAACGCACGUCAGCUUAUUCACGUAAGCUCGCAUUCAAAGUCAGAGAUACGAACUCUCUCUACCUACCGUCACGCCCACGUAACAGUCCGCCACAAUUCUCAUAUACGUGCCAGUGCCCUACUCGUGGCUUGAACGCAUUCGAAGUCGAAGAUACGAACUGCCUCUACCCACCGUCACGCCCAUGUAACAGUCCGCCACAAUUCUUCUAUACGAGUCAGUGCCCUACUCGUGGGUCAAACGCAUUCGAAGUCAAAGAUACGAACUGCCUUUACCAGCCGUCAUGCCCAUGUAACAGUCCGCCACAAUUCUCAUAUAUGAGUCAGUGCCCUACUCGUGGCUCGAACGAGGUACGGGAUCCUUUCAGUGAGUCUGAAAGGAGAAAUACGCCAUACGGCACAGUAAACCGGAUGCCAGAAUCUUGGAAAAAUCUGCCAGUUUCCCGACAUUAAAUAACAGGUCGCACACUCUCGAAUCAAUUGGCAGUCUGAAUUGCUUUAGCGAACCUGUCACGUGCGGUACCUCAUGAAGCUUUGAUUGGCAACAAGACGCUGAACAGAACUUGCCCCUGCCGCAACAAGGUCGUCUGGCACUUCAGGAUCGCAGCCACACGCCAGCUGAUUUCGGCCAUCGGAGAAGAGGUGAUAAAAUGUUAUACGCUCCACCAUAAACGCUCGUUUGGGUUAAACUUGCCACAGUCCCUCUGCAGAAAUCGUCAGGCAACAGAGGACGCAGACCUUCUACAUUCGUGAAACAUUGUUUUCAUAUGCAGGAAGCCUUCGAAAUGACUAGCCUCAAGAUUUUCUUAUCCUAAAACGUCUCUGCUGGAUCAAAUGGCUGCGAGAUUACUGGUCAUCCUAAAAUCAGAACGCGCGCUGCCAGUUUCAUGGCGCAAUUAAGUGCAAUUUCUGAAUGCCCUAGUAUGUCUAGAAGCCGCCUGUCCAAACGAGCGCGAUUGUUCCAGACAAGGCAGCACAAGAGGCCCUCAUUUCAAGCUAAGCAUGGGACACGUUCUUGCUUUCUCGUAAAUGUAUGGCUCGAGCGUGCGCUGCAUUUGUUGAUUUUUAAAGCAAACGGCUGUAUGUUGCGGUGUCCAAGCAGGAACUCUAUUCCAGUGGUUCCUGGAGGCAAGAACCAUGGGCGGACUCCAUUCUGUCAACAAGUUUCACAUCGAUCUUGAAUAAGCAACACUGAGAUGAACUAAAGGCUUAUAUUGAAGCCAGAAGACAAGGUUCACUGCAGGUUCACGUGGCGUCCCAUAGGCGUGUUUGCGAACGCCCAAGUGCACAAUCUCGUGCUUGCUUUUAACCUGUCGGGUUUUAAACAUUGACGAAAGUGAUGGAAUUGACGAAAUAAAGUAUCCUUCAAAUCCCAGGUGUUCUUGUCACUCCAAAACAUUUCAUU